CACCUGGUUGCCUAGGUUACCGCCCGCCGAGCGCUUCGCUACUUCCGGCUGGCGGGGGCGGCGAGAGAGCACGUCAUGGCGGUAAGCUGUUAAGCUGUUAGCGUUAGCAUGGUGGCAGCCCUUGUUCGCAGAUGUUGGCGUUUGUGGAAGUUUGCGUCUGUUUGUUCAUUUGUGUGUGCUGUUUGUGAUGAUUCAAGUUUUUAGCCUACCUGAACACACCUGUGCGGUCAGCGUGAGCUCGCGGUGACGUCACAUCCGGUUCACGUCACUUCGUAAAUGUUCAUGAAUAAGAGAAAAGAAGGUGUAUUAUGAUAAUAAUCAUAAUGGUGUUGUGUGAUGAAUGCCAAGAGUGAAUACCGGAAGAGUUUUGGAAGUGUUUCUCCUCAGAGAAGCAUCUCUUUGGACCAACGCCGCUCAGACCUCACAGCUCACAGCAGUCGUGAUGCAGGGAGGAGACCCAGUUCUUGUGGUCCAGCUCGGUGUAGUGUCCCGGCUGCUGGUCCAGACCCCCACCCGCACCAGAACUCGCCGCACAGGAAGCAGACAGACCACCGCUCAAAACCAUUUGAUCACAUGUCUACGUGUCAAACAAAUAAUGCGCUUGUCGCAUGUCAAAACGUCCCUGUAGUGAGGCCCCGCCCCCCAGAGGCUGACAGCCAAUCGCAGGCCAGCAUCCCGAAUGGACACGGACCUCCAGCAAAUGAGGACCAGCACGCUCUGCCCUGGAGGGCGGGGCUGGGGUCAGUGAAGGGUGAAAGGUCAAAGGAAAGGGCGUCUCCUCUGCUGACGGCGCAGCAGAUGCUCCGCUCGGGCUGCUGGUCGCCCCACCCCUUCGGACAGCGCCCCGUUGCCAUGGAGACAGAGUACCGCCGCAGCUACCAGGGUCAGGCGCUGCCUCCCGGCCCCCGCCUACGGAAACAUCUGGAACAUCAGCUUCCGCUCUUCCACAUGAGUACGAUGAAGAGGGAGGAGUCCAUCCACCAGAGGCAGACCACGCCCCCUCCUCACAGAAGACACAGGAAGCUGACGGAAUACGAAGCCAACUUUCGCUCUCCCGUCCACAAGAUGGCAAAGGAUGGCGGGCCCUCAGACCACACCCCUCAGGUGGCGGCGCUGAGGCGGCAGGCCUCGUGGUACCGCCGCCGGGCCUGGGGUACCCACUUCUCCCGGGAGCACCUGAGCCAGCUGCUGUCCGAGCACAACUCCCUGUGGGAGCCCGCCGACUCCAUUGAGGGCUCCCCCGGCCCGGGCUCCCACCCUGCUUCGGAGCGCCACGCCAGUCCCGGUGUGGAGGCGCUGGACCUCGGCAGCCGCUCCAGCUUGUCCAGCGCCGCCUCGUCCGGCCCCGCCCACAGAGGGGCGGAAGACGACGACGACGACAUGGAUGAGGAGGAAGGACGUUUGCCGACUCCAAAGAUGAAGAUGCAGCGGACUCACCAUGACGUGACCACACCUGCCACAGGGGGCGCCAUCCUGGUGGGAAGGCCACCUGGGGAAGAAGGUUGCACGCAGGGGAGCGCACGUACGCAUGCGACGCCUCGGAGGUGCGGCGCCACCCUUUCCGUGGCGACACCUAGAGAGACGUGGCCCGACAACCCCUCCCCUCUCCAGAAGUCCAAGCCAAUCAGGUCCAGACUGAGCCCCCCGCCGCCGCCGCAGCACUGCCUGCGAGGCCGCCUGAGACACGCCGAGUUCCAGCACAACGGUGAGCUGGGCCUCAGGUUCCGGGGGCAUUCCGGCUCGGCUCCACCCCUGCACCGCCUGGACGACGCCGCGUCGGCCGUUCUGGAGCGUGCUCGGAGGAGACGGGAGGACUUCUGGGGGAAGAGUUGAGACGUCGUCGUGGGAACUGCCCAAUAAAACUGGCAGAUUCUGACGAUCCGUUUGUCCUUGAUUGUUUGUCUUUGCGACGACAGCCGGUGGGUAGAAAAGGCCACGAGAUGACAUCACUUCCUCUUCCUCCUCGUCCGUCAGCCCGAGCAAACAUUUCACAUCAUCGCUUCCUGAUCAGGCACCUCAGAAAUAAAAGUUUUAUGUGGCGUGAGCACACAAUACGUCGCGCCGUGUCAAGAUGUCACAUGAUGGAAAUAAACAUUGGAUGUGCAAACAUCCCUACCACGCACACAUGCUGGGAAACAGGAAGUGAUGUCAUUGCUCCAAUUAAAUUAAUGACAAACAUUACAUUUGUCGUCACACUUUGACUGACGCUUCAUUUCCUCGCAGUGACAGUAAACACACCGCCGCUGACCUGUGUGUGUGUGUGUGUGUGUGUGUGUGUGUGUGUUUGGGGUUUUUGGUUGUCCUAUAUUUGCGUGGGGGGGCGGAGGUUUAGCGCCUAUAAAGACGAGGAGCACCGCCGCGUCCUCACAUCAGCUCACAGCAGCGCUCUUCACUUCCUCGUCCACG